AUGGAGAAAAAACAUUACCCCUGUGAUGUCUGUGACAAGUCGUUCAGCAAAAGUAGUUAUUUGACGACGCAUCGACGAACACACACUGGCGAAAAACCGUACAAGUGUGAUGUCUGUGACAAGUCGUUCAGUGAAAGUGGCACAUUGAUAAAACAUCGACGAACACACACUGGCGAAAAACCGUACGAGUGCGAUGUAUGUGACAAGUCGUUCAGUGAAAGUGGCACAUUGAUAAAACAUCGACGAACACACACUGGCGAAAAACCGUACGAGUGCGAUGUAUGUGACAAGUCAUUCUCUGUAAAUAGCAGUUUGAUUGUUCACAAGCGAAUUCACACUGGUGAAAAACCGUACGCUUGCGAUGUAUGCGACAAAACUUUCAGUAAUAGUGGCAAUUUGACGACACAUCGACGCACACAUACUGGUGAAAAACCGUACGCUUGCGAUAUAUGUGACAAGUUUUUUGCUAAAAUUGGCACAUUAACGAGUCAUCGACGGACCCACACUGGUGAAAAACCGUACGCAUGCGAUAUAUGCGACAAGUCGUUCAGUGAAAGUUUCACAUUGACGGCACAUCGACGCACACAUACUGGUGAAAAACCUUACGCAUGUGAUGUGUGCGAAAAGGCGUUCUCUGUAAGUAGCAAUUUGGUGACACAUCGACGAACACACACUGAUUAA